ACUAACAUCUGCCCAAAAAUCAAAAGUUACAUUGUCUCUUUUUACAACCGUGGCUUUAUUUGCUAUAUUUACUGUUGCCGCACCACCAUUUUUACCAUGCCCUGUUCUUGAUGAUGCACAACGCAGGGCAUUAUUGGAACAACGUCUUAAAGCAGCAAAGCUUGAAAAAUCUAGUAAAAGAAAAAUAGUGGUGAUGCCAAGAAAUAAAAAUGAUAUCACUGGAAAGUAA